GUAUUUUUACUCUGAGUGGAAGCUGUAGCUGGUCUGCUAGGAUGGCUCGCAUGUUCAGGUUCUCAGCUCUGGCUCUGCUGCUACUGUCUGCCUGUUGUUGGGCCGACAAUGAGGCAGAGGACAUUGCAGAGGAGGACUCAGGGGAGCUUUCUGUCUCUGAACUUCUGGAGAGAGCCAACAGUAAUCUGAUCCGUUCUGCUGAUGAUCCCAACCUGAUUGAAGGAGACAUCGCCAUUGACAGCGCGGCCGAGAAAAACGCCGACCCCUGCACCAGCAAAAGCUGCAAGUGGGGCAAGCUGAAUGAUGGGAAAGUCUACGUUCCUUAUUUCAUCAACAAUCAAUUCUCCUCCCGUGAGAAGGCCAUCAUCACCCGAGGACUGGAGUCUUUCUCCUCUGUCUCCUGCAUCCGCUUCAGACCCACCAAAAGCAGCGACCGCGACUGGCUGAGCAUUGAGUCCAAGAAUGGCUGCUACUCCAUGGUUGGCCGUCGUGGUGGUAAGCAGGUGGUGUCUCUGGCCCGUCAAGGAUGCCUUUACCAUGGCACCGUCCAGCAUGAGCUGCUCCACGCUCUGGGAUUCAACCAUGAACAGACCCGCUCUGACAGGGACAAGCACAUCAAAGUCCUGCUGCAGAAUGUUGUUUCUGGAAUGGAGCACAACUUCAGGAAGAUUGCAACCCUCAACCAGGGCACUCCCUAUGAUUACAACUCUGUCAUGCAGUACCACAGGACUGCCUUCUCCAAGAACAACCAGCCCACCAUGGUCCCUAUCCCUAAUCCCAACGUGUCCUUUGGCAACGCUAAGGAAAUGAGCCGCAAUGACAUCGCCAGUUUAGCUAGAACAUCGUUCCGCAUUGCCGAAGACUACCAGUCAGAGAUUGACGAGCAGCUCCGCUCAAAUGUGCAGUCACCCACCCAGUGCCUUCGGGAUUUUGCUUACGAUAAUAGAGCACUCUGCCUGAAGUGGAGACCAGACAUGGCCGAUGACGAGAUUGUGCGACGCAUCCUCAGUGCAUGUAAUCCAAGGUUGGCCAGUGGGCUGCAUUGCAUCGUGUCUACUGUGGACCAGGUGGUCAACAUGGGGUCGCUUAUUGGUGCUUACCCAGCACCAACAGAUCUGAAGAGUCUCCUCAAUAACCUCAAGAAAAAGGGGUCAAUUGGGAGUGGAAUGCGCAAUGUCAGGCUGCCUUUGAACACCUUAAAGAGCUGCUACUGUCUUCACCGGUGCUGGCUUAGCCGGAGCCACACUCAGGCUUUCAGGUUCAUUGGGACUCCAGUGAUGUGGGGCUGGGGGCGGUCCUGA